CCACAACUAAGGAUAUAACAGCGCAGUGCCGGGACAGCAGCCUCCCGACCCCCCCACCGUUUCUCUGGAGCGUAAACCUUAAGGUUUAGCUUCCCAAGAUGGACCUGAGGGUAACGAGCGUUCUCCUUGUCCUCCUAGCUCUGGCUGAGGCGACCCCUUCGAGGCACUACCCAAAAGUCAGUAAGACUCCCUACCCCGUCAAGAGUCAUGCUGUUGCAGGCCAGCCAGGUCCUCCAGGUCCUCCAGGUGAGCCAGGACCAAUGGGACCAUCUGGACAUCCUGGAAAGAAUGGCGUAGGACAUACUGGACCACCAGGUCCAGCAGGACCCCCCGGACCCCCCGGCUACUCUCAAGCAGGUAAACCAGGUGCCCCAGGUGGUCAUGGAAAACCAGGAAACCCUGGAGCCCCUGGUGAGAGAGGUCCACCUGGUGCAACUGGAGCAAUGGGUCCCAGAGGUGCACCUGGUCCACAUGGAACACCUGGGCCUGCUGGAAUUUCUUCUGCUGGAAAACCUGGACCAGCUGGCAUCCCUGGGCAAAUGGGACCAAGAGGAGAGCCUGGUUUGAAGGGACAUCCUGGUAUUCCUGGCAUUCCUGGCGAAAAAGGAGAGAAAGGCAUUGGAGUUCCUGGGGUCCAGGGACCACCAGGUGCAAUCGGACCAAUGGGCCCAACUGGAAUGCCUGGCAAACCUGGAGUUGGCAUACCUGGUCACACUGGCUAUCCUGGAGAACCUGGCAAGAGUGGCGAGCCAGGAAGAGAUGGCGCUCCUGGGCCAAUGGGCGCUCCAGGACCAAAGGGUCACACUGGGCCUCCAGGCACAGGAGCACCUGGGAAAGCAGGCCAGAAUGGUACGCCAGGAAUGCCUGGACCUAUGGGUGCUAAAGGUCCACAGGGUCCAGCUGGUCAGCCAGGCGCCCCUGGUAUGCCAGGUGUUGGCAAAACGGGCGAACCUGGAAUACCAGGUAGCAGAGGAGCCCCCGGUACUUCAGGAACCACUGGUCAAAAAGGAGAGCCAGGCCCAACUGGUUAUACUGGUCAGCCAGGUGCUGUUGGUCCUAUCGGCCCAGCUGGUCCACAGGGUGCAAGAGGAUUCCAGGGUGAGGCAGGCCCACAGGGACCCAAAGGUGACACUGGUAUGGUAGGUGCACCAGGCCCAAGGGGAACCAAGGGUGAACAGGGAGCUCAGGGUUUCAGUGGAAAACCAGGUGUCCCAGGGGCAGUAGGUCCUCCAGGAAUUCCAGGGCAUAAUGGUCCUCAGGGUCAAAAGGGUGCACAAGGCCAUGCUGGUAGCCCAGGACUUCCAGGUUCAAAUGGUGCCCCAGGACCAAAAGGCCACACAGGCCCACCAGGAGGAAAUGGAAAAAGUGGUGAGAACGGAAUGCCAGGACCCAUGGGACCAGUUGGGCCACCUGGUCCAGCAGGUCCCGCUGGACUUAAGGGCCAUCCAGGUCUUCCAGGCCCACCUGGCCCAGCUGGCAUGACAGCUAAGGGAAUUUCUGGUCCUCAGGGUCCACCUGGAAUUCCAGGUGCCAGAGGUCAUGAUGGUCAACCAGGCCCUGCCGGUCCUCCUGGUCGACCUGGCCCACCAGGAGAGGUGGUCUACCAUCAUGAAAAGAGCAUGCCAAUCAAGUCCCACGAGGUUGUGAUGCCUCAUGAGAUGAUGAAGGCCCCCAUGUCCGCCUUCAGUGCUGUGCUGACCAGAGCCUACCCCCCAGCUGCAACCCCUAUUCAGUUCAACCAGAUUCUGUACAAUGGGGAGCAACAUUAUGAUGAGCACAGUGGUGUGUUUACCUGCCAGAUCCCAGGCCUCUACUAUUUCAGCUAUCAUAUGCAUGUCAAUGGUGCCAAUGCAUUAGUGGCCCUCUACAGAAAUGAUGAGCCAGUUAUUUUCACCUAUGAUGAGUACAACAAAGGCUUCCUGGAUCAGAUGUCAGGCAGUACUGUCCUUAUGCUGCAUGCCGGUGACAGAAUCUAUGUCCAGGUCCCUGAUGAGGAGAGUAACGGCAUAUUUGCAGCAGAUAAUGUUCACUGCUCUUUCUCUGGGUUCUUGAUUGCCUCAACGUGAUUUCACAAAUCAAAAUAAACCUCAAACCCUUACAAAACAUUGAACUACUCGGAGAAAUAGAUCCGUUUAUAAAAUUCCAAAUUGAGACUGUAGAUUACAAAAUAUAUAUGGUUGUUAUUUUAACUAGUUCAACUGUCAGAUUCAAAUCUUACAACAAUAAAAUGUCUUUAAUUUGCUAACAAUUGAUUCGGCUGACAAAGGUAUUCAUGCUGAGCAAAAAAAAGUAUAUCGUUCAGAUUGAUCCCUUUCCGCCAGUCCACCAUGUGUGUGCCUUUGCAAUUUUAAACAUUUUUUAAACAUUAAACAAUAUUGGAAGAUAUCUUAAGUGGUGCUUUACAACUGCCUGUAACAUUUACAGCACGUCUUUUAUUUGUGUUUGUUUUUAUAAUGUCUGUUGUUUAAGAAUUUUCCUGUAAUAUACAUACAAAAGACACUCAAAACUGUUGUACUAUAUGUAUUAGAGAUCAGCACAUUCUCAUAAGCACUGUGAUCAGUAAAACAACACAGAAUGAGAAAUUCAAACUGCAUUUUUUUUUCAAAAUAACUAGGCCUAUGUCCCAUGGAUGUGUUAAGUUAUGUACCACUUACUGACCAAAACACAGAAUAAAAGUUCUAGUUUAAAAAGGAAAA